AUGAAGCACGAAGAUAUGGUCUAUGCUCUGCUUCCUUACAAAAGUAAUGAAAUAGACCUAGACUCAGAUCUACCAACUGAGGUGCAACAACUCCUAUCCAACUUUGUUGACUUGAUGGUUGAAGACCUUCCUCUGGGACUUCCACCUAUGAGAGAAAUUCAACACCAAAUUGACCUCAUUUUAGGGUCAAGUGUACCUAAUCGGCUGACAUACAAUCUUAGCCCUAAGGAUGCUGAAGAACUACAACGACAAGUUGUGGAGCUAUUGCAACUAGGCUAUAUUCGUAAGAGUAUGCGCCCUUGUGUAGUCCCUGCCCUACUCGUGCCAAAUAAAGAUGGUUUGUGGUGCAUGUGUAUUAAUAGUAGAGCCAUUACCACAAUCACGGUGAAGUAUAUAUUUCCGAUUCCUCGCUUAGAUGAUAUGUUGGAUCAACUUUCCAGUUCAAAGAUCUUCUCCAAGAUUGAUCUUAGGAGUGGAUACCACCAAAUUCAAAUCAAGCUCGGAGAUAAAUGGAAGAUCGCCUUCAAGAAACAACAUGGGUUGUACGAGUGGAUGAAUUUUAGCAUCUUAAUUGCUCUUAUCACUGAAUAUCUCAAGGGGCAUGGGUUCAAGUGGACUGAAGCGGCUACAACUAGUUUUCAACUUGUGAAGGAAAAGAUGACUGAAGCACCCGUUCUAGAACUUCCAGAGUUCACAUUCACGCUGAAGCAUCAAUCCAGGAGUCUUAAUUAUGUUGCAGAUGCUCUAAGCUGUCAUUCUUUGCUGCUUACUACCAUGAGCAUUAAGUUUGUCAGCUUUGGAUCUUUCUUAGAUAUACAAUGCAUUAUCAAUGAAUUACAUAACGAAGGACACUUUGACCAAGAUAAGACAUUAGCGCUCAUCUCUUUUGACUUCUAUUGGACCAAGCUAACUCGUGACGCAGCUCAUUUCAUGGAUCGUAGCUUUGUUUGUCAGCAAUCUAAGGGAACCCUCACCAAUGCUGAUUCUAUUUAG